AUGAAUGAUAUCCCACCAAAGAGAGGCGAUCUUCCAUUCCUGAGUGAUGAUAUUAUCUUGAAAAUCUUAGUGAAAGCAGAUCCAAAGACCGUAGGAAAGUGCAGAAGUCUAAGUAAAGCUUGGAAUUCUAGACUAUGCACCAACUUAUUUAUCAAGCAAAACUAUAAGGAAACCAAAGACAGAGACCGAAGCGUCAUUGUCGGGAUUGGGUCCCCCCCAAGUGAUCAAAACUCAAUGUGGUAUGUUCGAGCCUCAGUUGAUACUGGGCGACAGUUUAAUUUCAAUGUGCCGAUAGAAAUCAACCAUUAUGGCUUCUACUCGAUCUUAGGCUCCAACCAUGGAGUCAUUUGCUUGAGGAUUUCCAUGGGGGGUCUCAAUUCUAGGCUACUUAUGUGGAAUCCCCUCACCCGAAAAAGGCGUGUUGCACCAGACGAAGCUAGCAAGCACUGCUGCCACGUUGUAUCUCUUUUUGCCUUUGGAUAUUUGGAAGAUAGUGUGGAAUACCACAUUGUGCAUGUACACAAGCGGCACUACUCUGACAGCACCAUGUCCUGGAGUCUUUAUAGUUCCGUGGAAAGGGAGUGGACUCAUGAAGGUUCAUUUGAGAGCAAUGUUCAGAAGCUUGGACCCAAAUCUGUUGUGGACAAUGGCGUCGUUUACUGGAUAGGUUGGGAACGUCCUAACUUUCCUGAGCCGGAAAUUGGAUGCAAUGAUUCCGUCAAGAUCGCAGAAAAUGUGGCCGAUAUUAAGACUAAUAGCGAUAAUCUGUGUAUUCUGGAUGUUGUGGAAGAGGCUGUUUCAAGCCUCAAGUGCAUGACCCCCGCUAAAAGAGCUCUCAAUGGUGUAAAGUCAAGUACAAUAACUAUUAAUGAAAAUGAAGAAGGGCAGCUCUCAACCAAUAAGUUCAGCCGUAAGGGGGGCAAGAAGCAAAAGAGCCAGCUGAUAGAUGUGGCUAACUGA